AGCGACCGGGUGCAUGCGGGGCACCCCAUAUCUGAGCGGUUGCCAUGGCAGGCCGCGAAGAUGUUGUGCCAAGACCGCCUGAGCAUGUCCGAUGCAAAAACUUUGGAUGCAAUAAGUACUUUGAUCCGAGAUAUCCGGAGCAAACGAAGUGCACACACCACAAAUUGCCGCCCGUUUUCCAUGAGACGGCGAAGUAUUGGGCAUGUUGCCAUGACAAAAAGGCGUACGACUGGGAGGAGUUCAUGAAGAUCCCAGGUUGUCAGCAAGGUCAGUGCACAGAUGUCGCCAAGGACAAGAAGUUCUUGGGCGGUGCAGAUCUGCGUGCUGAGAAUGCUCCAAAACGUCUUGAUGAUGAUGUCCCAGUAGAUCCCAGAAAAAAGCUUGACAAGCUUAGAGAAGGUCUGGUUAGCAUUGGAGUCGGGCCAGAUGACUUUGACCGUGCCUGGGGUCGCCUUGGUGCCAAGCUGGGGGACCUGAAUUUGGUGGUUCAACAGAUGAACCAACUCUUCACAGAAGUGCUGCAAAAUGCGGACACAAAUGAGAUGAAUCUGCCAGACUGAGAUUGACUGGGUGGCUGAGAAGCUGAGAUGUUGGAUAUCAAGCUGUCUGCCGGUGUCACAAAUGCAAUUUGCUGCGAAACAGACAGG